AUGCUUGCUAAUCGGGACUAUGAAAAGGUUGACAAAUUUGAAUGUGGGAGAAUUGAUGAUAAGAGCUCAAGACCUCAUGUGACAAUAUUUGAUUGUAUUGAAAAGGAUUACACAAUGAUUACCAUUAGGUCAAAAGACAUGCCUAAGCUGUUGUUUGAUACUCUCUGCACUCUAACUGACAUGCUGAAGGAAUUGCAGAGUGUAUUGGGAGGGAAGGCUGUGAGUUUGCCACAGGUGUUUAUUAAAGGGAAGCAUAUUGGUGGUGUGGAUGAGAUUAAGCAACUUCAUGAGGUUGGAGAGUUGGCAAAGCUUUUGGAAGGAUUCCCAACUCAAGAUCCAGGGAUUGUUUGUGACAGUUGUGGGGAUGCAAGGUUUGUGUCGUGCCUAAAUUGUAAUGGAAGUCGAAAAGAUUGA